AUGCCCACCCGUCCAGAGCCUCUGCCCGAAGGAGGCGUCUGUGCCACCAAGGCCAGGAAGCCUACGCCUGCCCCUGCGAGGACGCAGCCGCCAAAGGCACGAGGAAACCCUCCCCACCACCUCCAGUCGCUGACGUCCAACCCUGACUCCUCCACUGACAGCCAGGACGAGGACGACGGCUUUGAGACCGUGAGGCGCAGCCGCCACCGACUUCCACGGAACCCCAAAAACCGUGGAGGCCGUUCACCGGCGAGAAGGCCAAGGAGUCGGAGCCCCUCCCACCACCAGCCGCCCGACAACCUGAGAGGCCCAAGGAAUCGACACCAGCCUCCGAGCACAAACCCAGGCCGACUCCUAGACUACGCCUUGAAGUCCCGAAUCCUGCUCAGGCUACCACUACCACUGCCACCUCCGCCCCUGCCCCACAACCCACCCGGGACACACCCAUGGCCACACAGCCCGCUGCCCACCUGCAUCAAGAACUCAAGACAGGAAUCUCUGAGAUCCUCUCCCAGCUGA